GAGGUUUGAAUGGGUCUGAGUUGCUCGGUUCAUAGUGUGUGGUGUUCGUACGUCUAUGCUCGGCCACAGUCGCGACAAGGAUUUCCAGUUUAUUCAUAAAAAUACCAAGCUUCAGUAACAUUGUCUUUUACCAGUACUCUUCAUCAAGAACCACAGUCGCCAUCGCGCAGUAUGACACUAAUAUAAAUAAUUAUUUCAAUUUUCGAACAGAAAACCUCGAAAUAAGUCGAAGUUUCAGCAAAGUAUAGAACUUCUCAAACGGACUUGUAAUUUCUUCUGUACAACGUUGUUUCUGAUAAACACGUUUGACACAAAACAAAGGGAGAAAACAAGACUGUUCACCUCUUCCAUCAAAAUGGAACAUUAUGUUAAAGGUGAAGUAAAAGAGGUGCCUUGUGAGAUACCACCUAAUGUGAUUACAGAGGAGAAUGAGGAAACGAUACAAAUGAGAGUCUUGUAUGGCAGUAAAAUAUGGAAUCUAUUAGGAUUUGCCAUGAAGAAAAUUAAAGAAGAUAAGGUGAAGAAAAUUGUGUGGAAUGGAUCUGGUCAGUCAGUUACUAAAACAGUCACUUGUGCUGAAAUAAUGAAAAGAAAAGUCAAGAAUCUGCAUCAAAAUACACAGGUGUAUUAUAAAAGAAUUGAAGAAAGUUGGGAACCCAAAGACAAUGGUCUAGACAGGUUGAAGGUGAAUCGAGGUAUACCGGCAAUCAGUAUUCUGUUAUCUAAAGAAAAAAUAGAUCCGAUCAUUCCAGGUUUCCAAGCGCCUAACUCAAGUGAUGGGCUAUGGGCAGCCUCGUCAGGUGGAAGGGAACAGAAGUCUGGGAAGAAGAGAAAACAAACAGGACACAGGAGUGAGAUUGGUGACAGAAAGGAGAGUAGUUCUAAAAAGCCUCAGAGACAAAGUGGUAAUCGAGGAGACAAGAAGAAGCAUGAUGUGGCUGUGGAAGGACCCUCUAAAUCAGAUGUAAAGACUGCAGAUGCUUCAAACAGAAGAAAAUCGGGACAUAAAGAAAGGGACGGACAAAAAGAGUUCACCGGUGACAGAGGUUCUAGGGGAAGGCAACGUGGCAGAGGCAGGGGAUUUCAGAAUGUUACAAGGAAUGAUGACAAGAAAACAGAAGCUAGCAAAGAAAUAGCUCAUACAGACAGUGUCAGUUCAUAACUUUAUGUUCUAGUGUAAAUUCUACUUUUUUGAUUAAAAACUCACUCAUAUA